UUAUAGCAAGAGGGUGGAGGCAGGGCCUCAGGCAGAUCAGUUGUUAAAAGGACACUUGGUAGUGGCUAUCUAUACUAUACAUUUUGUGGUAGGUCCAAGAGGAGACUCCAUAAUGAAUAGGAGGAGGAGCUAUUCUUUUGAAGGGUAAUAUAAAGUCAUACAAUUUGAGGUCAUAUAGCCCUAUCCUCUGGUCUUCUGUAAGGCGUUUCUUUUAUUUAUAUGAUGUGUAGUGUGGAUGUGAAUAUACGUACAUGCUGAGCUGUGUCUGGCCCUGAGAUAUCAGGAAAACCUUGCCAAGUCUACUUGGAAUCUACUUGGACACAAAGAAAAUAAAUUCAGAUAGAGACGGUAUCAGGGGAUUUGGAGGCAGGAUGAGGAGAGAGAUGGACCAAGAGGAGAUGAUGAAAACCACGGUUGCGGGAAUCCUUUGUGCUUGUGGAGACCUGGGGCCAUCAGCUGGCACAGUAGGAUGCCCCCGUGUCCUCCUCAGCAGAACAGGAACAGGUUAUCACAGCUGCCUGUUGGAGAGCUUGGAGAGAUGGAACUGACUUGGCAAGAGAUCAUGUCCAUUACUGAGCUGCAGGGUCUAAAUGUUCCAAGUGAGCCAUCUUUUGAGCCCCAAGCACCCCCAUACCCUGGGCCACUGCCACCUCCAACAUACUGCCCCUGUUCAAUUCAUCCAGAUGCAGGCUUCUCCCUUCCCCCACCAUCUUAUGAGCUUCCAGCAUCUACUCCCCAUGUCCCAGAACUCCCAUACUCCUAUGGUAACGUAGCUGUACCAGUGUCAAAGCCACUUACCCUUUCAGGCUUGCUCAAUGAGCCCCUCCCAGACCACUUAGCUCUUCUGGACAUUGGGCUGCCAGUGGGGCAACCCAAGCCCCAAGAAGACCCAGAAUCUGACUCGGGAUUAUCCCUCAACUACAGUGAUGCAGAAUCUCUUGAGCUAGAGGGUGUGGAGGCUGGCAGGCGGAGGAGCGAGUAUGUGGACAUGUACCCGGUGGAGUAUCCUUACUCACUUAUGCCCAAUUCUUUGGCCCACCCCAACUAUACUCUUCCGCCCACUGAGACACCCUUGGCCUUAGAAACAUCCUCCGGUCCAGUGCGGGCUAAGCCUGCUGUCCGUGGGGAGGCAGGGAGUCGGGACGAGCGGCGAGCCCUGGCCAUGAAGAUUCCUUUCCCUACGGACAAGAUAGUUAACUUGCCGGUAGAUGACUUUAAUGAGUUGUUGGCACAGUAUCCGCUAACGGAGAGCCAGCUGGCUCUAGUUCGGGACAUCCGUCGACGGGGCAAGAACAAGGUGGCAGCCCAAAAUUGUCGCAAGAGAAAACUGGAAACCAUUGUGCAGUUGGAGCGGGAGCUGGAGCGGCUGGGCAGUGAAAGAGAGCGGCUUCUCAGAGCCCGAGGAGAGGCUGACCGCACUCUGGAGGUCAUGCGCCAACAACUGGCAGAGCUGUACCAUGAUAUUUUCCAGCAUCUUCGGGAUGAAUCUGGGAACAGUUACUCACCAGAGGAAUAUGUACUGCAACAGGCUGCUGAUGGGGCCAUUUUUCUGGUACCCCGUGGGACCAAAAUGGAGGCCACAGAUUGAGUUGGCCUAGAGAGGGUGGACACUGGUGCUAGAGACUCCCUCAUUCCCUUCUGAUAAAGGUACUUCCCAAUCCCACAAGGCUCAGAGUUCUCCAGACCAAAAGGCAGAUGUAACCUUAUCACCUGGAAGUUCCAAGGUGUAUUUGGUGAGGUUUGCCUGGAGGCCAGGUGAGUGUUGGCUUCUCAGGUCCCCACCUCCAUCUCUUGUUCAAGCUUUGGUUCAUAAAGAGCUAUGUGGAAAUAGCU